AAAAAAAAACAAUCGGGCGCAACCGCAAUCAGUCUUGCACCCACCCUCGGCUAGACUCGCAGAAAACCAAUCGAAAAAUCGCAAACAUUUCAUCGUUUGACUUUUACGUUAAUGUCGGUUAAAGAAGUCAAGAUGAAAGAAAGUCGGACAUUAAAAUAUAAAAGAAGAAAAGGCGUUUUGGGGGCAACUUGCAUUUGUAAAUAUUCUACUCAUGGAAGUUGAACCUCCCUCUCCUCUCUCUUUGUAGAGCUGAAGGAAGCCCUCUGUCGUCAUAACCAUCAUCCCCUUCUGUUUGGAUACUGAUAAUUUCCAUUUUUGUGUACAAAGAUUUGGGGAUAUAUGGAAGAAGGUAAUAUAGGAGAGGAGGAGCCCAUUAUCUCCGAGAGAGAAAUUUUCAGUCUUUCGGGGCCUGUGCAUCUCACUUCUGUUGACUGGAAUAAUUUUCAUCAUCGAACAUCUAUUGCUGCAAGCUUGGUUAAAGGAGUAUAUGUUUUAGAACGUGACCGCCAACAGGGUCGCCAAGGCCCUCAAGCUCAUGCUCCACCUUGGUGGGAAUUCUUCCAUUUUCAAUUGAAUCAUGUUCUCAUAGAUGAUGUUGAUGGCUCCAAUUUUGGUGCCAUAUAUGAAUUCAAGAAUUUUGCUUAUCCUUCAGCCCAAAAUGCCCCAAGAUAUGUUAUUGCCUUACGGGGAACAAUCAAAACGCGAAUAUCUAUUAUACGGGACCUUAAGCUGGAUCUUCUUUGCCUGUGUAACAAAAUUCAUGAAAGCUCCCGCUUCCAGCUGGCUAUGCAAGCUCUCCAGAACAUGGUUGCUUUAGCUGGAGCUGCAAAUGUUUGGUUAGCAGGUCAUUCAUUGGGGUCAGCUAUUGCAUUACUCGGGGGAAAAAACAUGGCCAAGAUGGGUAUUCUUAUUGAAAGUUACUUGUUUAAUCCACCAUUCCUCUCUUCCCCAAUAGAAAGAAUCAAGAAUCAAAAGCUGAAGCGUGGAAUCAGCAUGGUGAAAGCAGGACUUGCUGUUGCUCUAAAGGGUCACCAACCGAGGCCCCAGCAAGGAGAUUCAUUUGUGGCAUUACCUCCCUGGCUUCCUUACUUGUUUGUAAAUCCAGCUGAUCCUAUUUGCUCAGAGUAUAUUGGGCAUUUUGGGGAAAAGAACAAGGUGGAGGGGAUUGGAACUGGAAAAUCUGUGCAAAUUUCAGAGGCAUUGCAUCUAAUUCCGUCAGCAUAUCUGACUGUUAAUCUUAGUGAAUCUCCAAGUUUUAAACAAGCUCAUGGAAUUCACCAGUGGUGGAAUCCUAUUUAUAGAUUUCAGAGAGAACUCCACAACCACAAGUGCAGCUAAUGCAUGUAAGUUUGGAACGAUUGAUGAUCUUAUGAACUGGUUAGUUGAAACAGCAUAAAAUAAUUAUUCACGUUUUGUAUAAAUCAAGCAUUGCAUUAAACAAUUCAGUAACUUCUCUUUCCCUCAAUAAUUUGGAGAUUUGUACAUUGGAGUGAUAAUGCAGGGCCUGCUACGGGAAAAGAAAGAUGAUAACCAGUUAUUUAUUUUUAAUGAAAAUUUGUAGUCAUUGCAUUGAAA